AUGCACCUCUUCCCAAACUCUCCUCGUCGGAGGAGUCAACCCACUUGUACGGGAUCUCUGGCAUAUGGACUACUAUACUGUUCAACAUGGGUGGCCGGCGUUGUCGCCGACAAGACAGCAGCUGACUAUUUUGUCUCGUCACUGCCUGGAGCUCCUGAGCCCCUACUCAAGAUGCAUGCUGGUCAUGUCGAAAUCACACCCGAACACCACGGUAACCUCUUCUUCUGGCACUACCAGAACCGACACAUCGCAAACAAGCAGCGCACAGUAUUAUGGCUCAACGGAGGUCCUGGCUGUAGUUCCAUGGAUGGUGCUAUGAUGGAGAUUGGUCCUUACAGAGUCAAGUCGGAUGGUACCUUGACAUACAACAACGGCUCCUGGGCCGAAUUCGCGAACUUGCUCUUUGUCGACCAGCCUGUCGGAACUGGUUUCAGUUACGUCGAUACGGAUAGUUACCUGCACGAGCUAGAUGAUGCUUCCAACCAGAUGAUCCAGUUCCUGGAAAAGUUCUACACCAUAUUCCCCGAGUACAGCAAAGACGAUCUAUACAUUGCAGGCGAAUCCUAUGCUGGACAGUACAUUCCUUACCUGGCCGAAGCCAUCCUUAAACGCAACGCCGAGAACAAGAGCAAGAAGUGGAACCUCGCCGGGUUGCUUAUCGGCAACGGAUGGAUCUCGACAGUCGACCAAUCUCUUUCCUAUCUUCCAUACGCAAAGAAGGCCGGUCUGAUCAAAGAUGGCACUGAAAAUUCCAAGAGAAUAGAACAACAACAGUCGAAAUGUAUCGAAGACCUCGACAAGGGUGGAAAGGACCACGUCGACGUGCCGUCCUGCGAGAACAUUCUGCAAGAGAUUCUGCGCGUCAGCAAUGAAGAGAAGGGCAAAUGUGUCAACAUGUACGACGUACGCUUGGACGAUGUUUACCCCAGCUGUGGCAUGAACUGGCCUCCGGAUCUCACUUCGGUCAAGCCCUACCUCCGUCGCAAGGAUGUCACCGAUGCUUUGCAUAUCAACCCUGGAAAGACCAGUGGCUGGACCGAGUGUAAUGGACAGGUCGGUCAGGCUUUCAGGGCUCGCAAUUCCAAACCCUCUUACGAGAUUCUUCCUGCCCUGCUCGAACAGGUUCCUGUACUGCUCUUCUCUGGCGACAAGGAUCUGAUCUGUAAUCACAUCGGUACUGAGGAACUCAUUAACAGAAUGGAGUGGAAUGGUGGCAAGGGUUUCGAAACAUCACCCGGUGUCUGGGCACCUCGUCGUGACUGGACUUUCGAAGAUGAACCUGCUGGUAUCUGGCAAGAAGCUCGCAACCUUACAUACGUCGUCUUCUACAACGCUUCUCACAUGGUCCCCUUUGACUAUCCUCGCCGCAGCAGAGACAUGCUGGACCGCUUUAUGAAGGUGGACAUUGACAGCGUCGGAGGCACACCCACCGACAGUCGAAUUGACGGUGAAAAGGGGCCACUUACCAGUGUUGGUGGACACCCCAACAGUACUGCAGCUGAAGAAGCCGAGAAGGAGGCUUUGCAACAAGCAACGUGGAAGGCAUACUACAAGUCUGGCGAGGUUGCGCUUGUUGUGGUUGUUAUUGCUGUAGCAGCUUGGGGCUACUUCAUCUGGCGCCAGAGAAGAAGUGCAGCUGGUUAUCGUGGACUCUCGCUCAACCCAGACAUGGAUGGCAUGGGUUUGAACUCUGAGCGAAGGAAACAGGCAAGGCGGGACUUGGAAGCAGCUGAUUUCGAUGAGGCAGAGUUGGAUGAGCUGACCAGUCCGCACGACCCUGAGAGAGAACGAUUCCAUGUUGGUGGGGACAGCGACGACGAUGAUGAUGUCAAAAAGUAA